UCGGCCCCACCCCCUCCCCGCGCCCGGCCGCCCGCUCGGUAUUAUGAUUUGCGCUGGGUGCGGGGAUUCGGCGGCCGGGAGGGAGUCGUCGGCGCCGCGGCCGCUGCAGACGGACGCCUUCCUGCCGGCUGAGAUGUCCGUGGCAACACUGAAAAUGAAUUCCUUAUUUUCACCAAAUAUUCUUCUAUGAGAAGAUCCAUUUUGAACAGUCUAUAUAUUUUUUCUUCUGUUGGACCAGCAUGGCAGGAUUCAAGCGAGGGUAUGAUGGAAAGAUUGCUGGAUUAUAUGAUCUGGAUAAAACCUUGGGUCGAGGUCAUUUUGCAGUGGUUAAACUUGCCAGGCAUGUCUUUACAGGUGAAAAAGUAGCAGUCAAAGUUAUUGACAAGACAAAAUUGGACACUCUAGCCACCGGUCAUCUUUUCCAAGAAGUGAGAUGCAUGAAACUAGUGCAGCAUCCCAACAUCGUACGCCUUUAUGAAGUUAUUGACACCCAGACCAAACUCUAUCUUAUUCUGGAACUUGGAGAUGGAGGAGAUAUGUUCGAUUACAUAAUGAAACACGAAGAGGGACUUAAUGAAGAUUUGGCCAAGAAGUACUUUGCUCAGAUCGUUCAUGCUAUAUCUUAUUGCCAUAAACUCCAUGUGGUUCACAGAGACUUAAAACCAGAGAACGUAGUCUUCUUCGAAAAACAAGGUCUUGUAAAGUUGACAGACUUUGGUUUCAGCAACAAAUUUCAACCAGGGAAGAAGCUCACAACAAGCUGUGGAUCUCUUGCGUAUUCUGCUCCAGAAAUUCUGCUUGGUGAUGAAUAUGAUGCACCCGCAGUAGAUAUUUGGAGUCUGGGAGUGAUCCUUUUCAUGUUGGUGUGUGGACAGCCACCCUUUCAAGAGGCCAAUGACAGUGAGACAUUGACCAUGAUCAUGGAUUGCAAAUAUACAGUACCAUCCCAUGUGUCCAAAGAGUGUAAAGACCUGAUCACACGGAUGCUACAGAGAGAUCCCAAGAGAAGGGCCUCCUUGGAAGAGAUUGAGAAUCAUCCUUGGCUUCAAGGAGUGGACCCUUCGCCAGCCACAAAGUAUAACAUCCCCCUUGUGUCAUACAAAAACCUCUCGGAGGAGGAACACAACAGCAUCAUUCAGCGCAUGGUGCUCGGGGACAUAGCGGACCGAGACGCCAUUGUGGAAGCCCUGGAAACCAACAGGUACAACCACAUCACGGCCACAUACUUCCUGCUUGCUGAAAGGAUCCUGAGGGAGAAACAAGAGAAAGAAAUACAAACCAGAUCUGCAAGCCCUAGCAAUAUCAAGGCCCAGUUUAGGCAGUCGUGGCCAACCAAGAUCGACGUGCCCCAGGACCUGGAGGAUGAUCUCACGGCCACUCCUCUGUCCCACGGGACCGUCCCUCAGUCUCCUGCUCGGGCUGCCGACGGCGUCCUCAACGGCCACAGGAGCAAAGGCCUGUGUGACUCGGCCAAGAAAGACGACCUCCCCGAGUUGGCCGGACCGGCGCUCUCCACGGUGUCACCUGCGAGCUUGAAGCCCACGGCCGGCGGGCGCAAGUGCCUGUUCCGGGUGGAGGAGGACGAAGAGGAAGACGAGGAGGACAAGAAGCCCGUGUCCCUCUCGACGCAGGUGGUUCUGCGCCGGAAGCCCUCGGUCACCAACCGGCUGACGUCGAGGAAGAGCGCGCCCGUCCUCAACCAGAUCUUUGAGGAAGGGGAAUCCGACGACGAGUUCGACAUGGAUGAGAACCUGCCCCCCAAGCUGAGCCGGCUGAAGAUGAACAUCGCCUCCCCGGGCACCGUGCACAAGCGCUACCACCGCAGGAAAAGCCAGGGCCGCGGCUCCAGCUGCAGCAGCUCGGAGACCAGCGACGACGACUCCGAGAGCCGCCGGCGGCUGGACAAAGACGGCGGCUUCACCUACUCCUGGCACCGGCGGGAUAGCGGCGAGGGGCCCCCCGGGAGCGAGGGCGACGGCGGGGGCCAGGGCAAGCCGAGCGACGGCGGCGGCGGCGCGGACAAGGCCAGCCCGAGCGAGAGCGGCGCGGGCGGCGGCAGCCCCGCGGGCGGCUCGGGGGGCAAGCCCACGGGCACGUCGGGCAGCACGCGCCGCUGCGCCGGCCCCGGCCCCGGGGAGCUGGUCCAGAGCCUCAAACUCAUGAGCCUCUGCCUGGGCUCGCAGCUGCACGGCGGCGCCAGGUACAUUCUCGACCCGCAGGGCGGCUUGCCGUUCUCGAGCGUGAAGGUGCAGGAGAAGUCCACGUGGAAGAUGUGCAUCAGCUCGACGGGGGGCGCGGGGCCGGCCCCCGGCGCGGGCGGCGGCAAGUUUUUCUCCGACCACGUGGCCGACGGCGCCGCGGAGCUCGAACGGCUAAAGAGCAAGAACCUGAAAAACAACGUGCUCCAGCUACCUCUGUGCGAAAAGACCAUCUCUGUGAACAUCCAGCGGAACCCUAAGGACGGGCUGCUGUGCGCCUCCAGCCAGGCCAGCUGCUGCCACGUCAUCUGACCGCGGCCCCGCCGGCCCCUGGCACCCGCCCCCCGCCGCCCGCCCGCCCGGAGCGGUGCGCCCCGGCCCGGCCCGCCCCUCCGGCCGCUCUCCGCGCUUCCUCCCUUCGAGGGGGCGUUCGGAGCAGUUAUUUAUUACCUUCGCGUUUGUUCGCCUGCCGACGUGACAAUGCAUGGUCUUUGUGCAUGCUGCUAGACACUGCUUUUCUUUUCCAGCCGAAAAGUCUCUUGUGUCAUUUUUACAUUUAUAAUUUUAAUGUGGAUGAUCAGGAUUAAAUUAAAAUGUAUAUUUGGGACCUAAGAUACACGGAGCACUUAGAAAUUGGAUGUCCUGCACUUAAUCUAGAGAGAAAAAAUGCUUCUGUCUCCUUGUGAGAAACGUAAAUUCCCGUCCUGAGCUUCUGCGAGAACGGAAACUCCGUGCCCUGAGGCACACGCCGUGCUGUCCGAGACCGAACCAAAGCAAUAACGUUGUGUUGCCGCCGGGCCUGGAGCCUGCGGGCGGGCGAGUGAGCGAGCGAGCGAGCGAGCGCGAGCCCCGCCUCCCGAGGCCCGAGCCCCGCCUCCCGAGGCCCGUGAGGGGCCGAGUACAGCGAGCGUCUGCACUGAGAACCUUAAAACCAUGAUUUCAAUACACCCACACCUGUUUGUCUUAAGCUCUAGUGUGAAAACAAGGUUGGGCUCGUAAAAUUUAACUGAAAAAGAUUUUCUUGUUUUGUACUAGGUGAGAUAAAGUACUUAGAUUUAUAAGGCAGCUUCCCCCGUAGUGGUAAAUUACAAGCAGACAAUCUUAUUUUGUAACGUGAUGAAGUGAACUGAUGGUGUCUUAACUCUACUUAUAGAGUGUACGUCUGUCCAACAGAACAAAAAGAUGCUCGGUGUAAAUUCCUUCCCGUAGGGCACAUCCUAGGGUUUCCUUUAAAACCUUGUAGAUAGAAGAAACUGUAGGGCCUGAUAUGGAAGCAAAGGUGCACACAGAGGGUGGCAAAGUCAAAAGCCUAUAAAUUAAAAAAAAAAAGAAAAAAUUACUGUGAUGUGAUCUUUCGCAGUUUUGUAAUUCAGUGGUCUCUUCUGUUUUUUCCAUUCUUCUAUGUUCUCUGGCUGUCCAGUAAGCUACGAGAAUUGGCUGAUCAAAAAAUACACCUAUAAAAGAGUGAAAUUCACACGUACAGCAGACAAAACGCACAAAGCCUGCUUUGUGUUUUGUUGUUGUUUUGGUUUUCUUCUUCUUUUUUUCUUUUUCUUUUCUGGAGGUGUUUUCCACUUUGCCUUCCUGCCAAAACAAUAAACGAAGAACUCUCGCUUUAAAGUGUUCCUGUACAAAGACGACUUUUGACCAGAUAAUCCUCUUUCGUGGCGUCUUGUCUCGUAAGACGCACUAUAUUGCAGAUUGCUAACUUUGAGAGGGGCCGGAUGCCGCCUCUGCAAGCUGUGCCCUGGGGGGUCUUCAAAGCGGUGCUUAUCCACACCGGGGGUGGGAUGCGGCCGGGCCGGGGGUGGGGGGCCUUCCCACUCCCAGCAGCUUCCCUUCGUGUCUCUGAAGUGACCGUCGCUUUGUCCGCAGAGCGGGCAGAGCACCCAAGGACUGCAUUCCAUGGCCCUCGGCUCCUCCAAGUACACGCUGAUUCUGCUACUCACGAUGCGUAUAGUUUAGUCCGCACUAGGGAAUUUCACAGUAUACUUACUAAACUAAGUAAAGGUGAUACUUAAAAUACUUUUCACUUUCUAGACCUAGGCUAGAUAUGUUUUAAGCUACAGCUCUAGUUCAUUGUGAUAUUUAUAACUGAAAGCUACCAGAAAAGAUGUGUGGGUGAAGCCAUAGAACAUAUUUGCUUGAAAUUCUGAGCAGGGAUCUUAUAAAGGGCCAGAAAUAAGAUGUGUGGUUCACAUAGACAGUGAGCGUAACAUCUGUAUUAAACGUAGGAGAGAAGUUUCUAAAGGGCAUUGGCAAUAAACUCUUUGUUGCAGCUGUUUUCCAAGUAAUGUAAAUACUUCUUCCUGUGAUUAUGUAUAGCCUUGGAAUGGCACCUUUUAACUAACCCACGUGUGUUUGGUCUCCGAUGGUUUUUUAUAUUCCGACGUAUAUGUGGUGCUCACUCUAGGAGCGGCAGUGUUGACCGUUCAUGCUGCACAGCUGUAUCAUAGAGCCUUAUUAGUCGCGUGUGCUUGGUUGGCCCUCUGGGUGUACAGAGGUCAGUCUGAGUGGCGUCUUACCUGUUCGUAAGUGAAUGACUGUGCAUGUGUUGUAUGUCCUAGUAUGUCGUCACAUAAAAGGGAGGGAGCAGAUAACCGUUACAUGAAGAUAAUAUUGGACCAAACUCUUUACUAGCUCUAAACAGUUUCUUGUACCCCUUAACCUGUCUUCAGAAGUUGCAUAGAGUUAUAGUAGUGUGUAAAUUAAAUAUUGUGGAAAAACAAUUAGUCUUGUAUUUUUCUGUACGUGUGUGUACAUAUAUUAUAUAUAUAUACACAUAUAUAUAUAUAUAUAUAAAAUUAUGUACUUCUGGCAAUUCUAUCUGUAUUUAAAGAUGUGACAAUCUCGACACCGAUCUUAAGAACAGCCGUGAGACUGAAUCGAAGUAAGGGUCUCCCUGCCAAGUAAGAACCGAUGUGUGUUAAGAGGGUACAGAAUCAUCAGCUGAUUGGGUCGGUUGCUUCCACUGCUGGUGGAUUUUCCUCAUUGUGUAAGCAUUGACAGGUAUGUGACAGAUGGGAAGAAACAAUCCAGAUAAUAAAGUGGCAUAUUGGUGUUCAGCAAUA